AAAGGAAGACUCACAGAAGACAGUUGAAGAAGGAAAGUGGCGAUGGACCUCAUCCCAAAUUUGGCGGUGGAAACCUGGCUUCUCCUGGCUGUCAGCCUGGUGCUCCUCUAUCUAUAUGGGACCCGUACACAUGGACUUUUUAAGAGACUGGGAAUUCCAGGGCCCACACCUCUGCCUUUGUUGGGAAAUGUUUUGUCCUAUCGUCAGGGUCUCUGGAAAUUUGACACAGAGUGCUAUAAAAAGUAUGGGAAAAUUUGGGGAAUGUAUGAUGGUCAACUCCCUGUGCUGGCCAUCACAGAUCCCGACAUGAUCAGAACAGUGCUAGUGAAAGAAUGUUAUUCUGUCUUCACAAAUCGAAGGAUUUGUGCAACGACCAGCACCGUCAAGAUGCAGACCCAUUCCGUCACCAUGUGGCUCCCUCCUGCUGUCCUACAGUCACAACAUGGAGUUUGUCUUUUUCUCUGACAGGUUCUAUAUCAGAGCAAACUUCUAUUUAUUUGAGGAGGCCAAUGUAUUAAUAUUUCCUUUUAUGGAUUGUUCUUUUGGUGUUAAGUCAGAAAAUCCUUUGCUUAGCCCUCCUUCCUACAUUGCUUUUUCUAAGAGUUAUACAGUUUAACACUUUACAAAAUGUAACUCUAUUACCCAUUUUGUGUUAAUAUUUGCAUAAGUUAUGAGAUUUAGAUCAAGAUUCAUUUUCUGUGGACUAUGGCUGUCCAAAUGUUCCAACACCAUUUUGGAAAGGUAGGCAUAUUGUCAAAACUCAGCUGAGUAUAUUUUGUGAAUCUAUUUCUUAUUGUUUACUCCUCCACUAAUACCACACUGUGGUGACUCUAGUAGCUGUACAGUAACUCUUAACAACAUAUAGGGCAAUUCUUUCCACUUUAUUGAUUUAUAUUUUCAGAAUGGUUUUAGCUUUUCUUGUCCCUUGCCUUUCCAUAAAAAUUCAGAAUAAGCUUGUAAGUGUCUACAAACAAACCUGCCAUAAUUUUGAUAAGAAUUAAAGCAGAGGUGUCCAAUCUUUUGGCUUCCCUGGGCCACAGUGGAAGAAGAAGUGUCGUGGGCCACACAUAAAAUACACUCACACACACACACACACACACACACAAAUGGUCUGUGUAUAGUUUUCAUUAUAUAUCUACCACCACAGAUAAGCAAAAAUGUCCUUGCAUAAUAAUCCUAAUUAUGCACUGCCCCAUUCAGAGGGUCUUUCAAAAUCAUUGAACAGGCCCCAAGUUUGCAAUCACUGAUACAGAAAAUGUACAUAUCUAGCUAAACUUCACUACUUUUUUGAUAUUUUUUAUUAUAAAAGAAAAGAGAACAAUAUAAAACUAGUGGGGUACUUGACAUUGUUUUUGAGAAACUAAUCCAUCAGUAUCUGGCUUGAUGGAAGUAGUUGCAAUUCUCAGUGAGUUCUCAAGGUGCUCAUCAGAUAUUUUGGUUCUAAUUUUACUCUUCGUGUUCUUCAUCCUUGAAAAUAGUAGCUCACAAAUGUAAGUGCUGCCAAAAAGCAAUGACAUGAACAAGGUGUGAUUGUGAAGCAAGGGAUAUUUGUCAUUGGGAAGACAGGUCUUACAAAAGUCCAGUAAAGAGGCAAAAUCAAAUUUUUCUGUAAGUUGAACAUCAGAUUGCAGCUCUAGGCAUUCCAUUUCAAAAUUGCCAGGUAACAUAUAUAUGUCGACUGAAAAUGGAGUUGCAAAUAUACCAAAAUAUUGAUGAUUUUUUCAGAAAUCUUGAAAUACCUGUUUUCAAAUUCCUGUAUCAAAUUGAAAAGCAAGGCUGCGUAUUUUUGGCUGUUCACAGGACCAUGUUUAGCCAACAUGUCGAAAUGCAUAAAAUUGUUUGCCUUAAUUUGAGCUUGCCAUAAUUUCAGUUUCAUAUGGAAUGCUGUUAUGGUUUGAAACAUUGUAUUGUUAAGUUGGUUUUCACCUUGAAGACACAGGUUUAACUCACUUAAAUGGGCCGUCAAACCCACUAAAAAUGCUAAAUCUGUAAGCCAGUUUUCAUUGUCAAGUUCUGGCACCAAUUUUGUUUGAUACCAUAAACAGCUUGAUUUCACAUCACAAAGCGUAAAAUCUUUACAUUUUGCCUUGACUUAACCAUCUUACUUCUAAAAAGUGAAUGACUUGCUAGAGUCAGCAUCCAUACUUUUAAGGAAUUCCUGAAACUAGCGAUGAUUCAAUUCCUGGGCCCUUGUGAAAUUUACAGCCUUGAUGACAAUUUGCAUGACGUUAUCUACUUUUAAAGCUUGUGCAUAUGGAUUUUCUUGAUGUAUUAUGCAAUAAUACUUCAUCAAAUGUGAGUUUUGUGUGGCAACUGCAUCAUCUAUUAAUUGUACAAGUCCCUCUCUUUUACCUACCAUCGCCAGGGCACCAUCUGUAGCUAUAUCACAUAUGUUUACAAAGGACAAAGAAAAUUGCUUUAACAUAUUUUUCACUGCUUCAUAUAAAUCUCUUGAUUUAGUUGUGUCUUUUAAUGGCAUGGUGACAUUUCGAUUUCUUCAGUGACAUUAUAUUCAUCAUCAAUACCUCUAAUAAAAAUAGCAAGUUGUGCCAUA